AUCCUCCACUUAAAUAUCCAAGCAAUGAUAUUUUAAUUGGAAAGAGCUAAUGUUUGUGUACUUGUUGUCAUUGACUUUCUUUUUCCAUGCAAUGAGAUUUUACAAUACUGAGAAGAUCUUUGUGUUGUUGAUGUUACUCAAUUGCGUCUUUCACUAAUAUACCAAUUGGAUAAGAAAUCAAAUAUCUCAAUAUGUAAUCUGGAACCGGCCAGGCUGUGGCCAAAAGGGGCACUUCUCUCUUUCACGUUACUUCCUCUGUCCUCUUCUACUCUUUUCCUGGAUAAUUGCCUUCUAUCACUGUCUUUCCUCCACAAGCCAUUUUAUUCCCGAUAAUAUUACUACAAUUUUUAUAAUUUUCAAAUUUAUGUGAUAUUUUUUCCCUUACGUAACCUUUUUAACCAUUUCUUAAUUACUAUUUAUAUCACAUUAUAAUGUACCUUACAUUGAUAUUUAUAUAUUUAAUAAAAUUGGGAUUGAGGAAUUACUGUUAUCCUGUGGACCGGACACGUGCACAUGUUGCAUGCAUUUAAGAUACUAUCACAUUGAUUGAUGAAAACUGAAAGCAACAAAUAUGAAUAAAACGAGAAUUUGGAAAUUCGCACCUUACGCAUCAAAUAUUAAUGCCUUUCAUGCUAUACUAGAAAAAUUAAUACUAGUGUAAUAAAAUGGUUGCUUUUGCUCCAUCGGAUCUCCGUUGGGCGAUUCACGCGCCGGCUGGCCUUCCGUCUUUCUCCGCCGGAGAACCCGUCGCUGCCGUUGGUAGUCCACCGCAGAUGCUGAGGCCACGCGCAGGUGGUAAAACCAGCCCUAAGCCCUCUGUUUGUACGGCCGAUGAGCUUCAUUACGUUCCCCUUCCCAACAAUGAAUGGAAACUCGCCCUAUGGCGCUACUUGCCUUCACCACAGCGGAGCCGCAGGAAUCAUCCUCUGUUAUUAUUGUCCGGAGUAGGCACUAAUGCCAUUGGCUAUGAUCUUGCUCCUGGUUCAUCUUUUGCACGAUAUAUGUCUCACCAAGGAUUUGAUACUUGGAUUCUUGAAGUUCGAGGAGCUGGCUUGAGCGCAAAAGUUAGUCAAGAUGAAGGAUUACAAGAUGCAACACAAGUGUCUACUAUUACAAGCCAACUCAGGGAAUUUGGUCACGGACUUGGAAAUAUUGUUGAGGAAAGUCAACAACCAAUCUCUCAGUUUACUGGUCUGCAAAACCGCUUUUCUAUUACAGUAGAAGAUUUCUUGAAACAGCUUCAUCUGAUUGGGAAGUAUAACUGGGACUUCGAUCAUUACUUGGAAGAAGAUGUGCCUACAGCGAUGGACUACAUAAGGAACCAAUGCAGACCGAAGGACGGAAAGUUGCUCGCUAUUGGCCAUUCUAUGGGAGGUAUCUUGCUGUAUGCAAUGCUCUCACAAAAUGGUUCCAGAGGAAAGUGCACCGAGUUGGCAUCAGUCAUCACUUUGGGUUCAUCACUGGACUACACUACUUCACGGUCAUCCCUGAAAACACUUUUACCCUUAGUAGAUCCUGCAAAGGCUGUGAAUCUUCCAGUUGUUCCACUCGGAGCAUUACUCGCAGCCAUCUAUCCUCUUGCAUCUCAUCCUCCAUAUCUCUUAUCAUGGUUAAAUCCUCAGAUAUCUGCGGAAAAUAUGAUGCAUCCGGAAAUGUUUGAGAGACUUGUCUUGAAAAACUUUUGCACUAUUCCUGCUAAACUUCUGUCACAGCUAUCAACAGUCUUCCAAAAGGGUGGUCUAAGGAAUAGAAGUGGGACUUUCUUUUACAAAGACCAUCUUCACAAAAGCAAUGUGCCUGUUUUAGCUCUUGCAGGGGACAGAGACCUUAUUUGUCCUCCUGAAGCUGUGUAUGAAACUGCCAAGCUGAUUCCUGAAGACUUGGUCACGUAUAAAGUUUUUGGUGAACCUCGGGGUCCAAAUUAUGGCCAUUAUGAUCUAGUCGGUGGACGAAUGGCCUUCUAUCAAGUAUACCCAUAUAUAAUUGAAUUCCUCAGUCGACAUGAUAGAGUGUAGCAUCCUCUGCAACCAGUGCCGAGUUAAGUUGUAGCAGAUUACUAACUCUUUCAUCGAUGGAUUAUCUCUGCCACAGUGAAAAUAUUGUGCAACAGUGGGAGAAGCUUAACCUUUAAUCCUACAUGGGAUGCAUGGGACAUGAGAUGGGCGUCAAGACAGCAGCUCAAACAAUCCAACUCUAGUGAUAUGUACGUUGAGUUCCAUUUGAAAGAUAACUAGGAACCACUGUGGGUAAGAGAUAUGCAGUUAUGAAGCAUGAAAAAUACAAUUCAUUCAUAGUGCAGUUGCAUUUAUGGCCAUUUUGAUUUUGCUCUAA